AAAACAGGAAAUGCGAGAAGAAGGUGCAGAAUAACAUUAAAUUUAAAAAAAAUUGUCUGCUUCUCGCUUCUACGAAGUUGAUAUGACGAUUUUGGUUGUUCUGUUCGUCUUGAGGUUUGACAUGGGACAAUGAAGAAAUGAUUGGACUUUUAAGAAAAAUAUGUUUCAUUUCAGAACAAUCUAGAGGACUGAGAUUUAUUUCACAGACUCCGUCAAACAGAAGAAAACUGUACUCUAUUGGUUGUCUAUCCAUAGCAAUUACAACUGCAGGAUUUUAUGUAGUGAGAUAUAGUAUCUUGCAUGAUACAAACUUUCGAACUGUGACAGAAUCAACAGCAUUAGACAGAGAUAGAUACAAACUGAACAAAAAUCAAGAAGAUAUCACUGAAUUUCAAAUAAAAGAUGACAAGAAACCAAAAAGAAUCUUCAAUGUAAAAGACAAAUUAGGAAAUCAGGUUGGAUCACACAUACCAGCAUCUCUAAUUGGACUCCUCCAUUUCAAUGAUCCACACAUGUUAGUCUUACUGACUCAAUCAGCAGACCCUGCAAAGAGAAAGAAGGCAGUUCAAACUCUGGGAUCCAUCCAUCAUUGGCCAGAUGAAAAAUUUGAAUGGGUCAGGAAAGCUUGUGAUUCAAGAACAUUGGUUGGUUUAGCUAGGACAGAAGAUGUAGAUGGGAGAUAUUUUGCUCCAUUUCCUACCCCAGACAAAGUAGAGGGAGAUCUGGAAUCAGGAUUAAAAGUUCUGUUGUCUUCCUUGCCAAAAGAUGGCUUCAGCAAAUGUUUGGAGUAUUUUACUACACAGGCCCUGAUUGAGGGGAAUAUAGAAGAAGAACGGGGAGGAUAUUGGAGUUUUGGAGGACCUGGAGUUGAUUUUGCUAAAACUGUGAGCCGAGGGCCAGAGGAGAGGGUGGAAAUUAUCUGCCUACAAGCUCUGAUCAGUCACUCCAAUGAGCGACAUCAUUGCUUUGAGAUGAUGAAAAUGGGAGUGCUACCACUUCUACAACAGACGUACCACAAGAGAAAAUACAGCAUAGUGAUGAGGAGACAGAUUGCAAGAAUCCUGGGAAAUUUGUCCGUCCACGAAGAGCUACAUCCAGAUAUCAUUAAAGGGGGUUGGGUAUCCCUUUUGUAUAAAUGGUCUAAGUCCUCUGACCUUCAGCUGUCAUUACACGCCUCUAGAGCACUAGUUAAUCUAGACAGGGAUGAUGGGACAUUUCUGUAUCCCAGUGGAGUCUACCUUGUACACCCAACAAAGAGAUCCAAAGACCCAGUGAUGGCUGAUGUGGUGUUUGUCCAUGGAUUACUUGGUGGACCUUUUAAAACCUGGAGACAACAGGACAGGAAGAUGCCAGACAAAGACAAUGUAGCAGAAGGGCCGGCAAGUGUCCGCAAAGGAACAUACACCUUCUGCUGGCCAAAGGAUUGGCUGUCAAAGGAUGUUCCCUUUGUCCGUAUUUUGUCCGUAGAGUAUGACACAAAUCUCAGUACAUGGAAUGCAAACUGUCCAUAUGAGACAGAAAAGCGUUCCUUACCAAGGCGAGCUUCAGAACUUCAGAAGAAGUUGAAGGCAGCAGGGGUGGGGUCACGACCUAUUAUCUGGGUCACACAUUCAAUGGGAGGGCUGUUGGUUAAGGAAGUUCUCUGUCAGAGUAACCUAAGUCCAGAUUGUUCAGACAUUGUCCACAACACGUCGGGGGUUAUCUUUUACAGCACUCCCCACCGAGGCUCCGCCCUGGCCAACAUCUCCAACCGGGGGAGUCGUAUCUUCUCCCCCACAGUAGAGGUCCAGGAACUCAGUCAGGAUAGUAGCUUCAUUACCAGUGCAAUCAUGGGAUAGAUAUCUGAAUACAUUUAUCCAAAGGACAUGGAGAAAAAUAUUGAAUAUGAAAAGAAUGAUCUAGGGAAAGAUAUUGAAGGUAGAGAAAAAGAAGAACAAGUGAUUGAUGGAUUUCAGGAAGGACUAUCAAACGAUGAAGAUAUUGUUGACAGAAAGAAAGAGGAAGAAGAGAGUCAAGCAGAAAUAGUCAAGGAGUCUGAUGACCUGAGAGAGUCUGGUGAGCAGGAUAAAAAUGAAAAUGAGGCUGACAGUGAAAAUGAAGCUGAUGAUGAAAACGAAGCUGACAAUGAAAGGGAAGAAAGUUUAAAAGUGGAAGAAGGAGAAGAUACUGAUAAUGUUAAAACAAAUAAGGAAGUUGUGAUAAAAACUCAGGAAAAAGAAACUGACAAGCGUACAGGGGAAGACAACAAGUCAAAGGAUGUUGAAGAUGGUAAAGAAGUGAAAACAGAAGUGGAUAUGAAAACCAAAGAUUCUAGUCAAAUGGAAAGUAGUGACUCCAUGACCUUGAGUAAAUCUGAGGUCACCUCAGGAGAUAUGGAGGACUCGGAUGUGAUUUCCAAUGGAUUUGAGGUCAUUCCGGCUGAUAGUGUAAACAUUCCUUUUACCCACUAUGUGGAUCAUAAAAAUCUAAUACGUUCAGCAGGACAGGCUGACAGAUUUGAUGGGGAAAUGGAACUGACUCACCUUCUAAAGGGGUAUAAAAACAGUAAUAAGGAGCUCAAAGACUUCCACAGAAAGAACUCCUGGGAUACCCACCACACUAUCCGAGGUCAACUCUGGGUCAAAGUCUGUGAAACUCUUCAUAAAGCUAAAGGCAAUCUGUAUGAUGACUAUGAGAAAGAUCUUUUUCACCAAAGAAACACAGAUGAUAUAGCUUUACCUCCGUUUGUGGAUUUUAAUAACCUUACCUCCUAUCACCUUUCUGAACAAGGAACCAAAACUGUGGCCAAAAUCCUCGCUAUAAUCCAAAAUACCAAUCCAGAAAUUUUGUACUGUCCCACACUGUACGCCAAGCUGAGUAUAUUCCUCCACUACAUGGGACCCUCCGAUGCUUUUAACUGUAUAUAUGCUUUACUGCGCUCCAAAGAUGCCUGCAUCAUGCAGACCAAAGUUGCUGUGGAGGCUUCCAAACUUGUACUUCGAGAUCUUACCAAAAAAUAUGCAAAAUCAGCUUAUGUUUACUUGGUCCGACACAGCAGUGACAUAACAUCUGUGUUUGAUACCUGGAUGUGGUGGCUGUUUUCUGACCUACCCUUCCCACACAUUGUGAGAAUUCUGGACUGCUAUUUAGUUGAAGGAGUGAAAGUGCUAUACAGAAUUGUGCUAGCUAUACUAAUCUUAUUUACAAAAUACUCAGUUUCAGCUAAACAGCACCACCAUGGGGUAAUUACAGAUACUUUCACUGUGUCUGAAAGAAUUCGACAAUUUUGUACCAAUAUGCCGUUCCCUGUAGAGAAACUGCUGAAGAGGGGCUUCAGGAUCAGAGGCUUGAAGAAGAAGGAAAUUAAGAAGUUACAGCUUCGUCAUGAGAUGACGGUUAGCAGCCAGCACCAUAUCCAGCAGGAGAUACAGAAGUCUGCCUCCACACAUUCCUUCAAUGGAGUCCCCCACUCCCAUUCCUUCAGUGGUCGCAUCGUAUUUGAUCAAGCUCAGUCCAGCAUUAUCACCAGUAAUGAGAUGACUCGCAGUAGGUCUCUGGGCUUGCUCAUUUUCCCCACUGUGGAAAGCCUGGUUGUUCUAUUGGAGGAUUUGUACACCAUAUGGUCGUGGCUGCCGGCUAGAUGUGCAGUGUGUCAGCCUGAACUGUUAUACACUUCUGAGGAACACGGGACAAGCCUGAGGACCCUGUACACACGAAUCGAGAAUCACCAGCCCACACUGAUCCUCAUAAAGACCACCACUGAUGAGGUGUUUGGAGCAUUUUGUUCAAUGUACUGGAGAGAGAGAAAGAAGAGCAAUAAGAAUGUGUAUUACUUUGGUACGGGAGAGACCUUCGUCUUCACGCUCUACCCAGAGAAAAAGAAGUAUGAGUGGGUGGGGCUUCGAGAGGAAAAUAUCCCCAGCACCGCCAACAUGUUCCUCGCGGGGGACAGCAAGAUCCUUACUGUGGGGGGAGGAAAUGGUGAAGCUAUUCAAUUGGACGAGAAUCUCCUUCACUGCCGGACAGAACACUGUGAUACGUUUGAUAACCCCCCUCUGUGUUCUCACGAGGAUUUCACCUGUAAAGUGGUGGAAGUCUAUGGAUUUCAGUAAAUAUGUAGACAGAUAUAGGGGCAAAACAAUGGGCAUUUUACAGCUGAUAAUAUUAAGUUCAUUAUGAACUGUUUGACAUUUCUGGACAUUAGAAGCUAUGAGUUUAUGUGUAAGCAGUGCUUCUGUGAACUUCGGUGUAGUGGUAACAUUAUAAGGACAAGAUCUGUCUAUCAUUUAUUUGUAAUUAAUCAUGACUUAAUUAUUUAUGUGAAUGAUCUUUGGAUGUGUGUCAGUAAAUGGAAUUGUAGAAAAUGCUAGUAUAAAAUACUUUCUAAAUUGAAUUCUUAUUGAAUGCAAAUUCAGGAAAAGACAGAUAACUCAUACAAAUCAUUUGAUUUGAAAUAGUGUAUAUUUUUAGUAAAGGUCUGUGUACAUGUAUUUGAAAUGCAUUGCAUUUUUUUAUUACAAUGUAGUGCAUUGUAGUGAAUUGCAUUCCUUUGCAAAUGAAAGAUUAUUUUGUAUUUUUUUUUUAAUCAGUAUUUUUUAAUAGGGAUUUAUAAAACAUUAAGUUGAAAUGUGUUGAAUAUUUUAUGUACAUAUGGAGUAGUUCAAAUCAAAAUGAAAAACAAACAGAAAGAAAAAAAUGGA